CAACACACUGCCCAGAGAGGAGAGCCUGCCUGCAACAUCUUGGGUGGGGCUGGGGCUGCUUCUACUGCCCAUCCCACAGGAACUAUUGAUGUUGACAGGAAGAAACUUUUAAGAUGUGCAAGACACGCAGACCCACUGAUAUGAUAUGAACAUAGGAUGCCCAGGACUGGAUGCCAUGGAGUAGGGAUGGCUGUGGUGCAGGCUGCAGACAUGGAUGAAAUGUUAGCAAUAGAGGCCUUGGACUGUUGAAUUAUGAGCGAUUUCCCUCCUGCUCCUUUUUACUUUUCUGCACGUUACGAACAGUACUCUAUAAGUAGGCAGCGACUGUAUGAUCAGGGAAAGGAAAAAGGUGGACCCUGGAGGCUGAGCACCACAGAGGCCAGUCCUGAACACACCCAGCUCCAGCUCAGACACCGCCAUGUCUCUGACCAAGGCCGAGAGGACCAUCAUCAUGUCCAUGUGGGGCAAGAUCUCUCCACAAGCAGAUGCCAUUGGCACUGAGACCCUGGAGAGGCUCUUCGCCAGCUACCCCCAGACCAAGACCUACUUCCCACACUUCGACCUGCACCCCGGCUCUGCGCAUCUGCGCUCGCACGGCUCCAAGGUGGUGGCCGCCGUGGGAGACGCGGUCAAGAACAUUGACAACAUCUCCGGGGCCCUGUCCAAGCUGAGCGAGCUGCACGCCUACAUCCUGCGCGUGGACCCGGUCAACUUCAAGCUCCUGUCCCACUGUCUGCUGGUCACGAUGGCCUCGCACUUCCCCGUGGACUUCACGGCUGACGCCCAUGCUGCCUGGGACAAGUUCCUGUCCGUCGUGUCCAGCGUCCUGACCGAGAAGUACCGCUGAGAGCAGCCGAGGGACCCCGGAGAACAGGC